AUGGCUGGAUCUACCGUCAUCUCCAACACCGAGAACCUUCUCAAGUACCUGUCCCUUGAGCAGAAGGGCAAGGUCAUGGCCGAAUAUGUCUGGAUUGACUCGGAGGGCGGUGUUCGCUCCAAGACCAAGACUCUUUCCAAGCCUGUCACCUCCGUUGAAGAGCUGCCCGAAUGGAACUUCGAUGGUUCCAGUACCGGCCAGGCCCCCGGCGACAACUCCGACGUCUACCUUCGCCCCGUUGCUAUAUUCCCUGACCCUUUCCGCAAGGGAGACAACAUCCUUGUGUUGAGCGAGACCUGGGACAGCGAUGGCACUCCUAACAAAUUCAACCACCGCCACGAGGCCGCUAAGUUGAUGGAGACACACGCCAGCCAGCACUUCUGGUUCGGUCUUGAGCAAGAAUACACUCUCCUCGGGCCUGACGGAUGGCCAUACGGCUGGCCCAAGGGUGGUUACCCCGGUCCCCAGGGUCCUUACUACUGCGGUGUCGGCACCGGCAAGGUCUACUGCCGUGACAUCGUUGAGGCUCACUACAAGGCCUGCUUGUUCGCCGGCAUCAACAUCUCCGGUAUCAACGCUGAGGUCAUGCCCUCUCAGUGGGAGUACCAGGUUGGUCCUUGCGAGGGUAUCGAGAUGGGUGACCACCUCUGGAUGUCCCGCUUCCUCCUUCACCGUGUCGCCGAAGAGUUCGGUGUCCAGAUCUCCUUCCACCCCAAGCCUAUCCCCGGUGACUGGAACGGUGCCGGUCUUCACACCAACGUCUCUACCGUCGAGACCCGUGAGGAGGGUGGCAUGAAGGCUAUCGAGGCCGCCAUGAAGAAGCUCGAGGGACGCCACGUCGAGCACAUUGCCGUCUACGGCGAGGGCAACGAUGAGCGUUUGACUGGUCGUCACGAGACUGGUUCAAUUGACAAGUUCUCUUACGGUGUUGCUGACCGUGGUGGUUCCAUCCGUAUCCCCCGCCAGGUCGCCAAGGAUGGCAAGGGUUACUUUGAGGACCGACGACCGGCCUCGAACGCCGAUCCUUACCAGGUCACCGGUAUCAUUGUUGAGACUCUCUGCGGUGGUGUCUAA